UCUGGGUAAGGGAGUCCAGAGCCCGCGGAACGGGCGCGAGUUCGGCUGUCGGGAAACUACAGUUCCCAGCAUGCAACAGGGCCAGCUUGCUCGUGCACACUACACUUCCCAGAAGAGAUUGGGCGCCGCAGCGUCCUCUGGGAUGGGAACCACGCUGCUUCCCACCCUGGGUUCCAGGAGUGAAGCGCGGACCUUUCAACAAGAGCUUUAUUGGUUCUCUCGCUGGGCUCCCGGGACGCGAUGGAGGCAGCCAAUUGCUCCCUGCGGGUGAAGAGACCCUUACUGGAUCCCCGCUUCGAGGGCUACAAGCUGUCCCUAGAGCCGCUGCCCUGCUACCAGCUGGAGCUUGAUGCAGCUGUAGCAGAAGUAAAACUUCGGGAUGACCAGUAUACGUUGGAGCACAUGCAUGCUUUUGGAAUGUAUAAUUAUCUGCACUGUGAUGCCUGGUAUCAAGACAGUGUCUACUACAUUGAUAACCUUGGGAGAAUUAUGAACUUAACAGUGAUGCUGGACACUGCCUUAGGAAAACCUCGAGAGGUGUUCCGACUCCCUACAGAUUUGACAACAUAUGACAAUCGUCUUUGUGCUUCUAUCCAUUUCACAUCCCCUACCUGGGUUACCUUGUCAGACGGAACUGGAAGAUUAUAUGUCAUUGGAACAGGCAACCGUGGAAAUAGUCCUGAAAAAUGGGAAAUUAUGUUUAAUGAAGAACUUGGGAAUCCAUUUAUUAUAAUUCAUAGUAUCUCAUUGCUGGAAGGUGAAGAGCACUCAGUAGCUAUGCUUCUUCUUCGAAUAGAGAAGGAGGAAUUGGACAUGAAAGGAAGUGGCUUCUAUGUUUCUUUAGAGUGGGUCACUGUCAGUAAGAAAAAAGAAGAUAGUAAAAAGUAUGAAAUUACCAAGCGUCGUGUUCUCCGUGGCAAGUCAGUGCCGCAUUAUGCUGCUAUUGAGCCCAAUGGAAACGGUGUAAUGAUUGUAUCCUACAAGUCCUUCAAGUUCAUUUCAGUUGAUCAGGAUCUUGAAGAAAGUAUGGAUGAAGACAGGUCAGAGAAAAUCAAAGUAGAACCUUUGUAUUACUGGCAACAAACUGAGGAUGAUUUGACAGUAACAGUAAGGCUUCCAGAAAACUGUGCUAAGGAAGAUAUUCAGAUACAGUUUUUGCCUGAUAACAUCAACAUUAUGCUGAAGGAAAUCCAGGUUUUGGAAGGAAAACUCUAUUCAUCUAUUGAUCAUGAAAGCAGUACAUGGACAAUUAAGGAGAAUGAUAGCUUGGAGAUUUCCUUGAUUAAGAAGAAUGAAAGUCUGACAUGGCCAGAGCUGGUGGUUGGCGACAAACAAGGGGAACUCGUAAGAGACCCAGCCCAAUGUGCUGCAAUAGCAGAGCGCUUGAUGCACCUGACCUCCGACGAGCUGAAUCCAAAUCCAGAUAAAGAAAAACCUCCUUGUAAUGCUCAGGAAUUAGAAGAAUGUGAUAUCUUCUUUGAAGAGAGCUCCAGUUUAUGCCGAUUUGAUGGCAAUACAUUGAAAACAACUCAUGUGGUGAAUCUUGGCAGCAACCAGUACCUGUUCUCAGUCACUGUGGAUCCUAAAGAAAUGCCCUGCUUCUGUCUACGCCAUGAUGUUGAUGCCCUUCUCUGGCAACCACACUGCAGCAAGCAGGAUGACAUGUGGGAGCACAUUGCGACCUUCAAUGCCCUAGGUUAUGUCCAAGCAUCAAAGAGAGACAAGAAAUUUUUUGCCUGUUCUCCAGAUUAUUCCUACGCAGCCCUUUGUGAGUGCCUUCGCCGAGUAUUCAUCUAUCGGCAGCCUACUCCCAUGUCCACUGUGCUCUACAACAGAAAGGAAGGCCGGCAUGUGGGCCAGGUUGCUAAGCAGCAAGUAGCAAGCCUGGAAACCAACGAUCCUAUUUUAGGCUUUCAGGCAACAAAUGAGAGAUUAUUUGUUCUCACUACCAGAAACCUGUUUUUAAUAAAAGUAAAUACGGAGAAUUAAUCCUCCAACAUUUGGCUGAAAAGUUUCCAGUGGCACCUGGAGAGCUGAACAGUUGUACUGUAACCUGUUAAGUUUUAAUGUGUUAAAUGAAAAUAUCUUUCAUGAAGUUUUAUUUUUAAAGGAUAUUGGAAAUGUAUUCAAGAGAUUAUGAAUCUGUAAAAGCUAUAGGAUAGAUGAAGCUACGGAUUUAGAGAACAUUGGCUUCUGUAAAAAAUAUGAAGAUUUUGGCAAAUGUAGUUAUUUUUUAAAAUCUGGUGAUUAAAUCUCAUGUUUUAUAUGACAAACAUACAAUUCAUUGUUUAAAAAUAAAAAUAUUUAUCAUGUGCUUAGCUCAUUGUUUAGACUGCUACAGUCACUAUAUAGAAUGUUUAGGGUAGCAGUAAAAUACUGAGCAUUAUAAGGUAUUUUAAUGGGCUGAAGUCUACAUAAAGAAUUGUGAGUCCAGAGUUACAAGAGUACAGCAAUUUUGAUAAUGUUGCUUAUAAACCUUAAUUGUUUUCAUAGUAAGCAUAGAUUUGUUUAUGUAUUUUCUCUACUACAUUAUAGAAAGUUAGGCAUUUUCCAUUAUUGCAUAACCAAGUACCACAAUGCUCAGGUAUUUAAGAGUUUAUUUCAGUAUCUGGGAGGCGAAGGCUGGAGAAUUACCAGUUCAAGGCCAGCCUGGACACAUAACAAGACCUUGUCUCAAAAUAAAAAUAACUCAAGGUUUAUGGUUUUUCUUGGUUCUGUGAACUGGCUUCUCCUGCUCUGGGUGGUCUCUUGUCUUCUGGUAGGCUAAGAUGUGCUUCCUGCCAUGAAAGAGAACAGUCUAAGAGCAAACCCGGGUGCAAGGGUUUGCCAAGCUUGAACUUCCAUGGUUGCUAAAAAAAAAAAGGACAAUUUGACUCACAUGGCCAGGUCUAGACAGACGGCAGAGCUGUAACACAUUAGGGCCAUUGAUGUGACAGGCUCGUAGGACAGAUUAUACUAUAGUUGUCUCAUUAAAAUCUCUUUACUGUUCUGACAGGUUUUUUUUUUAUUUACACAUUGAAUUUUUUCUCCACAAAUAUUUGUAGUUCAGACUUACUCCCCAAACUUCUUUCAAUUUGUAUUUAUUGUGGGUUUGUUUUGUUUUUAUUUUCACAUUAUUUUUAGAGUUCUUGUUUUAUUAAAGUCCUUAAGAAUUGAAUUGAAGAGGAAGAAAAUAAAGGAUUAUAAGAUGGAAAAUAUUUGUAUGAAUGUAUGUUUUGCCUAUCUGGAAAAAAUACUUAACUGAAUUAAAUUUAAACAAGUAUUCAGUCUGGUGGGGGGGGGGGCUCUGUCAGUAAAAUGAUUGCAGCAGAGGCAUAAAGACCCAAGUUUAGAUUCCUGUAACCCACAUGAAAAAAAAAAGGAAAAGAAAAACAAGCAGACAUGGCUGUGUACAUCUGUAAUCCCAGCAUUUGGGAGGCAGAGAUGGGAGGAUUCUUGCUGGCCACACAGUCUAGCCAAAUCAGCUGAGCUCCAGGUUCUGUGAGACCUUGUCAUCAAAUAAGGUCGAGACUGAGCAAAGUACCUGGUGUCAGUAUUUGCCCUCCACAUGCAUGAAUAUACGUAUGCACACAGACUCAUAAACAUCUAUACAUAUCAUAAGCAUACACAUAUACAUAAUAGCUCACAGAGAGAGAGAGAAAUUUUAGCCAGGUGUGACUGACUAAUUUGUUGUUACUCUUGUGGCCUAGUUCAUCUGAGACAGUUCUUACUGUAGUCCAGGCUGGCCUGAAACUCGUAGUCACCCUUUUCUUACCUCAGUCUUCUGAACAGCAUUAUCCAGAACACCCAGUUUCAACUGAAUUUUUACUGAAUUUAAAUAUCAGUGAAACUCUUGCAUUUUUUUCUCUAGCAUAGUGAGUGAGACUAGGAAAGGAAGGAGGGAAGCAAGGAAGGCAGGCCAUCUCGAGAGACAAGAGAGGCAAAAAAGAGAGACUACACAUUGAAAUUCUACAUAGCUCAGGGGUGGAGCUCUAGCAUUAAUAGGUUUAAAGAUCACUGAGCUUGGACCCUUUAUAAUCAUCGUGUAAAACGAGGAACGCAAACUGUGGAACUCUGAUUAGGAGCCAAAAGACUGGGACUUGAGAUCUUGGUGGAACUGUUGAAAAGAUCCCAAGAUUACUGUCUGGUGAGAGUUUCUAAUAAAAACCAAAUGAUGUCCUGACCUCCUCCCUUAAGAGUUAAAUCCAGAUGAGCCUGUCAGUCAACUGGGAAAGAAAAGGCCCAGGAAGCCCUCGGUUCUAAGGACUCAAAGAAAAACUACAGAGCAUACCUAAAAAUGUAGGUCAGUACUAUUGUCUCUGCCCACUGUCCACUUUCACCUUGAGGUUCCCCUAAGCCCACCCCACCCCCCAGUGGCCACUUUGGCCAUUGCCCUCCUCAUCCUCAAAAAUGACUCUUUUUACUUUGUAAUAAACUCUUCCUGUCUUCUACAGUG